UGGCGCGUGCGCGCGGAGGAGGGGAAGGAGGAGGAGGAGGAGCAGGACAGAUCCGUAGCCAUUUUGGCUCAUGACUUUCCGUAGGCCCCCCGCUCCUUGACCUUGUCCCCAGCCGUACUCUGCGACCCCAGAUUCACGGGGCAACGCGGCGGGCAGGGGGGACUUUGGGGAGCGGGGCUUUGGGCUUAUGGGCAUGGCGCGGGAAAAUGCCCGUGGUGGUGUCUGGAAGCGUUCGCGAGCGGAACGCUCAGCUGCUCGGCAUGCCGCUCAAGCCAGUGCGGAUGUCGCACUGCAACGUCUCAGCGUCGAGAGGGGCGAGCUCAAGAGGAAGCUGGACCACCUGGUGUCGGCCACUGCGAUCGCCCUGGACAUGCCAGCUGCGGUUGCCGAUCGAGUGGUGGCGAUGGUCCCUUGCCUCGUCAAACUGGUUGAAGGCAUUCAACCAGAGCGCCAGGAGUGCCUACGACGCAAUGUUGCCCUGCACGCAUUGGCCCCUGGGAUGAAGAUUUCUUGCGCCAACGGCAAGGCGUUGCGUAAAGCCAAGCACGGGCCCCGUCUCGAGACUUUGCUUCAUGCUGAACAGGUCCCUGGCUCUUUCUGCUGGAAUGGUGGUGCUACUGUGUUUGUCGCGGGGGCUGCUGCUCAUUUUCUUGCAAGGAAUGCCGAGACAGGUGUCAGCCUGGAGUCUGGUAGCUUCCAUGGCCUUCUUGGCGUGUGGGAGACAUUAGUUUGCAGCGCUGCGGUGCCUGCACAGCAUCUGUCCGAGGCACCCCGCCCCCCAACGGGUGUAGAUGCGAAUGACGGGGAGUGCAGGGAAAACAGACGAGCGGAGUUACUGAGGAGCAGAAACCACAGGAGACUGACAGCCAUGAGUCGGACGAGGUGUGUUCGGCCGCGUCGCUGCCAGGCCCCCCUGCGGCGGCCGCCGAGGUGGUGUCGAAGGUCACGCAGGAUGUUGUUGUAGCCAGCCAAAGGAAGGCCUGUGCGGGGGGACACUGGAUGCGCUGGGAGCAGGUUGAUGAUCACCCUCUGGAAGGCGAUUCGUGUGCCGGCCCCAUCCCUUUGGGCAAUAAGCUAUUCCUUUGCAGCGCCGACUUCGACUGUGAAGAUCAUUAUUGCGAAAACUGUGUACACUCAGACCUACGGCGGCCAGAAAACCGACAGCAGUUGAUCACUUCUCCUUGGGCUGAAUCUGUUUGAGCUUCUCAAGGCCAUUUGUUUGCGGUGGGCCUCAUGGAUACGUCGCGGUGUGCGCAGCAUACGGGUUUGUGUUCAUGGAUUCAUCGUGGGGCAGUGCGCAGCCUUGAACGAGUCUUACGGCCAGUCCCUGGAGCUGUACGCCUGACGGUCGGGAGGGGUGCCAGCAUGUGGAUAACACCCUCUAGAGAGGCAAGAGGCAAGAGGAGCAGGACAGAUAGGAGGUAAUGUCUGCAGCCGAGUAAAGGGAAAGUGUUGCAUGCGCGUCAGAAGAAAGUGUGACUCAAGUUCCUUACCGGGUUCGUGGAUCCCUCAAGUUUAUGUUGCCACGCCCAGCGCAUUGUGGGGAUGAGGGCGCAGGAAUUUCGACUCCUUGCUGACCAAGGGUAUACGGUCAUGGUUCCAUUCUCAGCGUGUAGUUGUGAAUUCGUCUAUACGCUAAGUGCUCCACACUUAGCGUGCAUCCUGCGUGGUUUUUUCUUCGCGUAUAUCGGAGGGCUGUGCCACCUGACCCUACUUGUCGUGUGCGCCCCUGCGCUGCUCUGCGUGUCAGCGGCAUCGUUUUCGCAGGGCCCGCGAAAUCACUUCUUGCAUCGGCUGUUAGGCAGAGUCACUGCGCUGGAGAGGAAGCAAAACGGAGCUGCCGUUGAACGAGCGGUGC